AUGAUGAUGAUGAAUACAACUAGAACUGAAGAAGUUCAUCAAUAUCAUCAAAAUAUAAUAAACAAUGAUACUCUGGAUGAGAUCAAUAAUAUUGAUCCUUCAAAUAAAAUCAAUUCACCUAAUACAUCAUUAUCUUUUACAUAUACUUCCACAAUGAAAUCUCCUUUAUUGAAUCAUGAAGAUUCUAUAUAUUCUACAUUAAUUCCUUCACUAUCAUCAAGAGUACAAACGAAAUCAUCAAUAACAAGUUUACCAUGUACAUCAUGUCCGAUAUCUUUAUCCUCAUCGUCGUCAUCAUCGUCGUCGUCAUCGUCAUCAUCAUCAUGUUGUUAUUAUUCAAUAUCACCUUCCAUUUCAUCUAAUUGUAAUAAUAAUAAUCCUAUAAAUACCACAGAUGAUUACAUUCAGCCUUAUCAACACAAUCAUCAAAUGAUUACAUCAUCAUCAUCAUUUAAUCAGUACAAUAUGAAUGAUAAACAUUUAGCCAAUACAUUUCAAUCUAAUCAAUAUGAUACUCAACCAUAUUAUAAUAAACUAUGGCAACAAUCUAAUGAAACAUUCAAUGAGGAUACAUAUGAUAAUACUAAUAAUCAAUUGAAUAGAUUACAAGCAUGGUUAAAACAUCCUUUUGAUGAAUAUAAUAAUAUAAGAUGGAAUUCACAAUUGUUAUGUAAUACAAUGAAAACAUCAAAAGGAUCAUAUUCUACAAAUUCCGAAUCGAUAUUAACAAUCCCACCAACCAUAUCGACAGUAGGAACAAAAAAUGGAAUCAUAUUCAAUCCAUUAGAAUCAUCAUCAUCAUCAUCAUCAAUCUCUCCCAACACUAUUGAAUGUAUCAAUAUGAAACCCAUCAGUAAUAACAAUAAUAUAGAACACUUUAAUGAUUGUGAAUUAAAACAAUAUCAGAAUAAUCAUCGACAAAAUACCCUAUUUAAUCAACCACAACAUUCACAUCAUAGUUAUAAAUUUAUUAAAUCAUCAUUUGACUACUUAAAUAAUAAUAAAAGUAGUAAGCAAAUAUUGAAUACAGAAGAAACCAAUAUGAAAUUAACGAAUAAAACAGAAUCAUAUCAACGUACAAUGAAAUAUAAUAAUGGACAUAUUAAAAAACCAUUAAAUGCAUUUAUGUUAUUUAUGAAAGAAAUGCGUUCACAAGUAAUAGCUGAAUGUACAUUAAAAGAAUCUGCUGCAAUUAAUCAAAUAUUAGGUAGAAAAUGGCAUGCAUUAUCUAGUGAAGCACAAGCAAAAUAUUAUAAAUUAGCUAAACAAGAAAAAGAAUUACAUCAACGUUUAUAUCCUGGUUGGUCAGCUAGAGAUAAUUAUGCUACACAAGUAAAACGACGUAGUCGUGCUACUAAAAUGAAUCGUACUAUAAUGACAACAACAACAACAACAACAACGACGAUGACAACGACAACGACGACGACAAUCAUGAAGACAUCAACAACAAUACCUACAAUAGUAACAAAUUCUACUAUACUCGGUAACAAUUACCAUUUACAUAAAAUACAUUCUUCAUAUGUUAACCCUGAAUUAUGGUGUCCGGUUAAUCAUAAUAAUAAUAAUAACUAUCAUACAAAUAACAAUGACAUUUAUAAUGAUAAUAAUAAUUGUAAUUACAUGCAACAAGCCUUAGAUACAAAUCUUCAACAUGAAUACAUGACAUCAAAUGGAUUAUGCCAUUCAACUGUUCCUUUGAAUAAAAUCGAUACAACGACAACAACAACAACAACUACUACUACUAAGACAACAUCAGAUUAUGAACGAUUGUAUAGUUUGAAUCAAUCCACUACAUUCCCAUAUUCACAGUUUAAUAAUAAUAAUCUAAGUUAUCGUAAUCUAUUAACAUUGAAUAAUUCAACAGAAUUGAAUACCAUUCAAUCUUCUAGUAUAAAUCCAUAUUCUCAAUUACAAUCUAUGAAUAAGUCAAUGAAAGUUGAUUAUGCAAUAGAUUCAUUAAUGGAUUUAAAUUAUGAAUCUGACAUUCAUUCAAACGAUCAUUCAAAAGAUCUAAAUUUUUCAUUGAAAUAUUCAAAUAAAUAUGAUAAAGUACCAACAUCAUCAAUUAACUCUACAAUAGAUCCACUUCAUAUAACAAAAGAUUCAUUAUAUCCUCCUACAGAUAGAAGAAAUGAUUCUGAAUUCAAUACUACUACUACUACUAAUACAUUACACCAUUUAUGGUUAGAUAAUGAAUCUAUUCAACAAGAGAUUCAUUCAUCUUAUCCAUGUUGUUCAACGUAUUAUUUAGGAUUUUAUUCAACAAAUGAUUAUUUAACAUCACAAUUUACCGAUACAUUACAAUAUUAUAAUACAAAAACAAAUUUAAUUGAUUAUGAUUAUACUACUGAAAUACAACAACAGAAUAAUAAUUAUUUAACAAAUACAUCUUAUUUACAAUAUAAUAAUAAUAAUCAAAAUAAAGAAUCUAUGAAAUAUUUGAAUAUAGAUCCUUAUAAAGUUCCUGAAAUGAUACAUGAACAUGAUACCAUUUCAUCUGGAACCUCUAGUCAAAUGAAUGAUAAUGAUCAUCAUCAUCAUCAUCAUCACCGUCAACAUCAAGAUCAUCAUCAUAAUGAUAUAUUCAUGACUUCAAAUGAAUCAUUAUUAACCAAUCAUGAAUAUACAUAA